AACACCAAAAAGUUGCACUAGCUAGUGAUUAUUAUUGAUUACUCAGCAAACCUAUUCUUCUGACACACAAAAUUUCAUUCAACACAAGUCAACAUCUAUACACAACAAAAGGGUGUACAAAACAAAGUAAUGGCCCAAAAAUUCAUCACAUAAUCAAACUAUAAACUAAAAAAGAAAAAUGUUAAAUGAUAUGAACAAUAAAACAUAACACAUUCAUAUUCAUUCAAAACCUCAAUCAACCUCACCAAUUCAUCACUCUCUCACUUCAAUGCAUCAACCUUAUUUACAUUUUUAGACAACCUUAGAAACCAACCAACCAAACCAACCAAAACCAUCUUGAGCUAAACAAUGAAGAGUCAAAAUAGCUUAAUUCUAGCUUAUUAUCUCUUUCUCAUUCUCAUUCACCAUUUUACUACAACAAAAGCUUCUUUUGGUGUUGGUGUAGGUGUUGGGGGUGGAGUUGUUUGGAUAGGGGGUGGAAAUAACAACAAUAACCAAAACCCAAAAUCCUUUGAAUCUCCAACAUCUAAAAUGGAUUCAGCUUAUUCAGUUCUACAAACAUGGAAAUCUUCCAUCACUCAUGACCCUUUAAAGAUUCUAGAUUCUUGGGUUGGUUCAAAUGUUUGUUCAUACAAAGGAAUUUUCUGUGCAAAUCCUGAAAAUGGAAUAGCUUCUACAACAGCUUCUGCUUCAGUAGUUGUUGCUGGAAUAGAUCUAAACCAUGCAAAUCUUAAAGGAACAUUUGUAAAAGAAUUAUCUUUACUCACUGAUAUGACACUUCUUCAUCUCAACAGUAACAGAUUCAGUGGAACAGUUCCUGAAAACUUCAAAGAUCUUGUUUCUCUUCAAGAGUUAGAUUUAAGUAAUAAUCAACUUUCUGGUUCUUUUCCUUUGGUUACUUUAUAUAUGCCAAGUCUCAUUUACUUGGAUAUAAGAUUCAACUUUUUCUCAGGUUCAUUACCUCAAGAGCUUUUCAACAAGAAUCUUGAUGCUAUAUUUCUCAACAAUAAUCAAUUUGAAGGUGAAAUUCCUACAAACUUAGGUAAUUCACCUGCUUCUGUGAUUAACUUAGCUAACAACAAAUUGAGUGGAAAUAUUCCAGCUAGUUUUGGUUUCAUGGGAUCAAAGAUAAAAGAGAUUUUGUUUCUGAAUAAUCAGUUAACUGGUUGUAUACCAGAAGGAGUUGGACUUUUUACUGAAAUGGAAGUUCUUGAUGUGAGUUUCAAUUCAUUGAUGGGUCAUUUACCUGAUACAUUAUCUUGUUUACAGAAUAUUGAAGUGCUUAAUUUGGCUCAUAAUCAGCUUUCUGGAGAAUUAUCUGAUAUAAUCUGUUCUUUGAGAAGUUUGGCUAAUCUAACUGUUGCUUAUAAUUUCUUUUCUGGGUUUAGUCAACAAUGCUCAAAGCUGAAUUUUAGGAAUGUUGGUUUUGAUUUUUCACUUAAUUGUAUUCCUGGGAGGAUCAUGCAGAGACCUGAACCUGAGUGUUCUAUGAUCCCAGGUGGAAGCUUAAGUUGUCUCAGAAUUCCAACACCUAAACCUCUUGUUUGUGGUUCUAUGUAUGUAAGUGCUUCUAAGAACACUGAUUCCACUUCACAAUCACAUUCUCCUUGAUAGUUACAUGACGCACAAACACGGACACCAGACAUAAUACUGACACUUAUACGUGGAAUAAUUAAAUGUAACCAUAUGUGUCAGUGUCGGUGUUGGACACUUACAUAUGUCUGAUAUCAAAUGAUAUCAGGCACGUCAUAAAUCUAAAGUGUUGUGCUACAUAAGUUAAGUUAGAGUAUAGUUAGUUAAAGAUUGUUCUUGGAUUUUUCUAUUAAUUAGUGCUACCACCAAUAUUAUUAAUUCAGACUCUUUUGAUUUAAA